AUGUUCGUCUCUGACUGCCGGCGGGACUUCUACGACCUGAUUGUCAGCCAGCGUGUUCUUCUUCUUGUUGCUUCAGAUGUUGAUGCGUUAUGUGCUUGUAAAAUACUCCAGGCUUUAUUUCAAUGUGACCAUGUACAAUACACACUUGUCCCAGUAUCUGGAUGGCAAGAACUUGAAACUGCCUUUCUUGAGCAUAAAGAUCAGUUUAAGUAUUUUGUUCUUAUUAAUUGUGGUGCCAAUGUUGACCUUCUGGAGAUUUUGCAGCCAGAGGAAGACGCUUAUUUUUUUGUAUGUGACAGUCACAGGCCUAUCAAUGUAGUGAAUGUUUACAAUGACACACAGAUUAAGCUGUUAGUUAAACAGGACGAUGAUCUCGAUGUUCCUGCCUAUGAUGACAUCUUCAGAGAUGAAGAGGAUGAAGAAGAGGACUCAGAGAAUGAAAGUGACGGGUCAGAACCUUCAGAAAAGCGCAGACGUUUUGAAGAGGAUGUAAUAGAGAGAACCAUGAAACGGCGACAAAGGCGAGAAUGGGAGGCACGCAGAAGAGAAAUUCUUUUUGAUUAUGAGCAAUAUGAAUACCAUGGGACCUCAUCUGCCAUGGUGAUGUUUGAUCUGGCAUGGAUCAUGUCUAAAGACCUGAAUGACAUGUUGUGGUGGGCUAUUGUUGGCUUAACAGAUCAAUGGGUCCAAGAUAAAAUCACUCAGAUGAAGUAUGUGACUGACAUUGGAAUCCUGCAGCGUCACGUCUCCCGUCAUAACCACCGCAAUGAGGACGAAGAACAUGCUCUGUCAAUUGACUGCAUGAGAAUAGCAUUUGAAUAUGAUCUGCGCCUGGCUCUUUAUCAGCACUGGUCUCUCUAUGAAAGUCUCUGUAACACUUCAUAUACUUCUGCUAGCCUAAAGCUUUGGUCUGUGCAAGGGCAGAAGAGGCUUCAGGAGUUUUUGGCUGACAUGGGUUUGCCUUUGAAGCAGGUGAAACAGAAAUUUAAUUCCAUGGACAUGUCUUUGAAAGAAAAUCUUCGGGAGAUGAUUGAAGAAUCUGCCAACAAGUUUGGAAUGAAGGAUUUAAGAGUUCAGACCUUCAGCAUUCACUUUGGCUUUAAGAACAAGUUCUCAGCAAGUGAUAUAGUUUAUGCAACAGCUUCUCUCAUGGAGAAUAUAGAGAAAGAGGGACCUGAAACAACUAAUUUCAUUAAAGCUUUGGACAGUCUUUCCAGGGGUAACCUGGACAAACUGCACCAAGGACUGGACCUAGCCAAAAAGCAGUUACGUGCCAUUCAGCAGACAGUAGCCAGCUGUAUUUGCACCAACCUUGUAAUUUCUCAGGGGCCUUUUCUCUAUUGCUCUCUCAUGGAGGGCACACCAGAUGUGAAGCUGUUUUCCAAACCAGUGUCUCUGUGCCUGCUGAGUAAAUACUUACUCAAAUCAUUUGUUUGCUCUACAAAAAACAAGCGUUGUAAAUUGCUGCCACUGGUAAUGGCUGCCCCAAUGGAUGUUGAGCAGGGAACUGUGAUCAUGGUGGGGAUUCCUCCAGAGACAGAAAGCUCUGACAAGAAGAACUUUUUUGGAAGAGCAUUUGAGAAAGCUGCAGACAGCACCAAUUCUAGGACUUUACACAACCAUUUUGAGCUGUCAAUAAUUGAAUUAAAAACAGAAGACCGGAGCAAAUUUCUGGAUGCACUUGUUUCUCUCUUGUCCUAAAGUGGUUCUUUUUUGGUUCCUUGUGCUGGAAGCUGAGGAUCAGAUGCUCUGGAGUUCUUUUGGCUGUUCCAAAGUUCAUGGUGCUGCAAUUGUGAUGUAUCUUCUUUAUCUUAAAUGUACUGGUACAGGUCUGGACUGUUUUUAUGCCUCUUGGGAGGUCAAAAGGAUUUUAACCUUAGCACACAGAUAUUGAACACUGCUUCUUUGUAAAGAUCCCAUUUCCUAAUGGCAAAAGGACUUGUAUUCAUCAAACCUGUUUUUAGUAGACAUGUUCCUGUGAUGUUAAGUUGUUGACUAAAGACAAAAAAAAACAGGUUUUGAAGAUGUUUCAUAUUAACAUUUAAAUGUUAUUUUUAAAUUGUCUUGAAUGCUUUUAAUUUAUUUUUAUAAGAAACUUUUUUUAAACUGGCCUUGAAUUUCUAGAAUGUUGAAACUGCUUUUUAGUAUUUUCAGGUUGAGGUCUUGUACUUUAAUUGAAAUAACUGUUUUGUGAGACAACUUUUUAGAUUCUAGGGCUUUUAAAAUCCAAGUACUGAGUAACUGCCAAAUACCAGAAUGAAAGAUCUGGGGAAUUCUGGUGUAAAUUAAGCAUUUUUAGUCAUGCAUUGUGAUACUGUAUUGUCACUUGUAGCUUGGUUUUGGGAAUAAUGUUCCUGGAAAGAGUCUUAAAAUACUAUGAUAAUUGUAUUUAGUGUUAUAAGUAUUGACAGACUAAGUUAAUCCUUUUCCAUAACAGAGAUCUCAUUUCACUUCAAUCAUAUUAAAAGGUAUAGCUUGUUAGGCUUAUCCUGCUGUCCAUCAGGUGGGUAUGUAUAUGUGUAUGUUUGGAAUUUUUUUUCUUGCAGUGUUUGCUUGAAUAUUGUGUGGCUUUAAUGAUUUCAUGUACUAUAAUGAUUAUGUAAAGGUUAUGUAUCAUUACAUCAUAGCUUGUACAGAUUUUUAAUACAGGUUAAUUUAAUAUUGAAUGUGAUUUAAAU